ACAGUUAGCCAUCGUGAGUGUUUGGGCGAGACAGGUGUGGUUGUUUUGUAUUUGGGGAUUUUUUUUCCCACGCUCAUGGAGGUUAUUUGAGAUGCUUUAAACGCCACAAAGAUGGGUGCAGUGUUCUACCUGGCAGCAGCUUUGGCUUUCUGCUGUUUGAUCUCAGCAGCUGAGGACUUGUAUCCUGUAGGCUGCUUUACGGGGGAUGCAAAGAGUCGUGAUACUAUGUUUCGGGCUCCUGCUGAAAUAAGUGGCACCAGUGUGGAUGCAUGUGUUGAAGAAUGUAAAAAGAAAUUUAUGCGAUAUGCAGCAUUAUUUGAAGCAAAAAGCUGUUAUUGUGGUGAUGGAAUACAUGGCAGUACAACAGAUCAGUGUACUUCUCCUUGUUCUGCGAAUGCAACUCAGAUAUGUGGUGGACCAGGAGCCAUGAGCAUUUAUGAGGCUGGCAAGGGUAUUUUAAGUGCUCCCAAAUCUCUUACACAAGUUGAUAGUGAAUCCACUAGUUUACAUAUAAAUUGGGAGCCACCAACAGGAGGUCUGUCGGAUAUUCUACACUACCGUGUUAGUGCAGCUCCAGUGUAUACAUAUAGUGAAAAUGACCCUCCCAGAUCACUGCAGUGGGAAUUUUCUUCUCAUAUCAAAACUGCUUGGCUGCAUGGAGUCCAACCUGGCACCAGGUAUCUUGUUGAAGUGAGAGCUGUGUCUGAAUCAGGCCUUGGCUAUCCCAAGUCUCUGGAAAUGUGGACUAAAGUGGGAAAGCCAGAAACACCUCCAAUGCCUCAGAUAAUAAGUCAGACCUCCUCAACAAGAACUGUUGAGCUGCAGUCAGUACCACCAACAAAUGGUCCAAUAUCUGCAUACCAAGUAGUGGUAGUAGAUGAAACUGUUCAUGUACAACUUCAGCCUCACUUGCUAACGGAUUACUACUCAGCUAUGAAUAAUAGCAUACCAUUCUAUAUUACAGCUGAAUUCUCUCCUGAUAAUUUUAUGAGAACCUUCAAAGUUGGAGACAAAAAGAUGUAUGGGAAGUACUACAAUGCACCAUUAAAACCAGAUAUUGAUUACCACAUUUUGCUUGGUGUCCUGAGCACCAUAAAUGAAACAAAGGCUGCUUAUUCUAUGUCCAAUCAUGAGCAGCAUGAAAGCACUGUCUUUGAUUAUGAAGGUGACUCCAUGGAAACCAAGAUGAUAACUCAAACAAAUGAACAGUUAGCCAGGAGUCAAAAGACUGUAUUAGGGUUGUCCAUUGCUAUUGGUUUGUGUGGGUUCCUCCUUGUGGCUUCCAUCAUUUUGUAUGUAGUUUUGAGGGUUGUGGUGAAGAAAAAUCGGAUGCGGUCGGCAGAGAACCAAGAGUUGGCUGUCCAUGAACAGGAGCCCAAUGAAGACUGUGAGAAUGGUUAUUCAGUGGGUGCACACUACGUGGAUGAGGAAGCUCCAACACUUGACCAUUAUCGCCAGCUGAAGGAACGAGUUUGGAUUAUUCCCCAUCAAGGGCUUAACAUUGUUGGGGAUAUUGGGACUGGAAAGUUUGGGGAUGUAAGAAAGGGCAUUGUGAUUAACAAGGGAAACCAGGCAAAUGUGCUAGUUCACAGAAUAGCUGAUGACAACUUGGACAAGAAUUCAAAGACCCAGAUGCUCCGGGAAUUUGAUGCCCAUGUGCGCAUCAGCAAGAACCCACAUAUCAUCUCCCUUGUUGGUCUCAUGGAGGAGUUUAAUGUCAUUUCUGUGGCCUUUGAGUAUGAAACUUCAACGCUCAAAUCACACCUUGUUGGAAGUCGAGCAGUUCAGCACUACCCAGUGUAUGCAGAGAAAAAUCGCAGGUUUUCCACACUUCCAGAAGGACAGGCCCUUGAAAUCCUCCUUGGUGUUGCACGAGGUAUGAAUCAUCUUGCCUCACUAAAUGUUACCCAUGGUCAGCUCUGUGCCAGGAAUGUUGUGUUGAUAGAUAGUAUACGUCCAAAGGUCACUGGGUUUGGACUCCUCCACUAUCAUAAUGAUUUGUAUGUACCUGAGUAUAAACGCUGGCACGCUGAGGAAACGCUCCGGUCCAAGGUGUCUGUUCCUAAGAGUGAUGUUUGGUCAUUUGGUUGCUUGAUGUGGGAAGUGGCCACUCUUGGGGGGACGCCCUAUGCAGAUGUAAAGACUGAUGAGGUUCCCGGCAGGGUUAUGCGAGGCCUGCGACUGCCACAGCCUCAGUAUGUUGGUGAUGAGCUCUAUCAACUGAUGCUGAAUUGCUGGCAGAUGGACCGUGAUGAGCGACCUACUUUCCAAGAGCUGGAGGGCAACCUACAAAGCCUACUCAAUGAUGAUGUUACACCACAUCUUCUCUUCUCUUUGUAUCCAUCAUUCCAGUAUGAGCACUAUGCCCCCCAUCUUGAAUUUAUUGAUUAGAACCAUACUGUACCUCCUUUGGUGGCGUAACUGUCAUCCAUGCUCAUCUCUAUGAGCAAACAUCUGUCUUGCCAGAACUCACAUGCUUGAACAUGUGGCAGAUUUCUAGGUGAUUAGGUAAAUCAAUGUUGUUCAGAAUUCUUGUGGCCAAUAAUUGAUACAUGUGCCAAUUAAGCAGUAUUGUUAUGCACAUGUUUUUCAAAGCACAAAUUUUGAAAAUUUAUAUUUGUUUUUAGAAAUACCUUAUGAAAUUGGUAAACUAAGAUCUCCAGUCCAUUCCACUAGAUAUAAACCAGAUUCUUGUUUAUAUUGCUCAAGAUUCUCUUGAUACUUUGCAGCACAAUAAAUGCUUUUAGCAUUUUCCUAGGAAAGUUUAGGCUAUAUUUUUUUCAUUUUUAUGAAUGGAAAACUUUCUGCUUUGUGAUAAUUAAGAAUGUAAAAUCAGGAAUAGAUUGCAAAUUAAUUACAGUGCACUCUCUGGUAUCUUUUUUAUUUUUAUGUGAUAGUUUUGUCAGAAGUGUCUGCUAAAGAGUGUGUCAAAGAUUAUAGAAAUUCCUUUUAGAUACUUAAAAGUUCCUAGGUGAAAAUGAAACAACUUGGCAGGCUUAUUUUUCAGGUUACAGCCUUUAGGAACAUAGUAACUUUUAGAUGAUGAGAUGUCUAGUUAUUAAUGAUAUGCUUAUGUGACUAAAGCAUAAUAAAAGAUAUUGUACUUAAUUUUUAUAUGAUUUGUUUAAUAGUAUCAAAUUUACAAUAAAAUUAUGUAAUCAGUUUUCUUUGAUAAAUAUUUGAUAAUGUCCAUUAGUAUAUUAUCUUAUGUGAUGCUAAUAGGAAAGUACUAUUAUGUGGAAUCAAAUUACAAAAUUCAUCAUCUUUGGCAGACUUAAAAACAUCAUUGGAUGUUUGGGAAAAAAAAGAUAUUGUGCAGUUGUUACUCCAGUGAUCAUAGUUGAUUCAUGGAUCAUAGAGAGUGCACUGUGUUGAAUAUUGUGUGGUGUAGUGUUUGUGAUACAUUCCUUAUGUCACAAGUUGGCAGUUUUUGUAUUUAGCCCUCCAUAGCUAAUAAUUAAUUGAAGAAAGCAUAAAAAUCAGUUAUGUGCUCUUUUGAGGCCAGGCUUUUCACUUUUUUUUGAUUGCUUGGCACAGUUAAAAGAAAACUAGAAUAAAUGUAAAAGAGUGUAUAGAAGUAUAAUAUGACUUUAAAUAUCAAAAAAGGAAAAAGGUUUUAAAAAUUUCAGUGCUAGUGAAUGCAUGAUCAUUGCAUGCAUUUGUAAAUUGGUAUCAUUAGGGUAAUAUUUAUAUGUUUUACACAUUUGCAGUAAAAGCUAGUGAGUAAUUUCAGAAUCAGUCUUCACUUGAAGAGCAGUGUUUUCUAAUGAUUAUCAGGAUGAAUUACUUUGCAAAUGUGUAAGCUUUAGAGCAGCAAACAGUGUAAGGCUGGCAAUUAGCAGGCAUAUUUACUGGAAUGUAUGUAUACAUCCUAAAAAGUAAGAAACUAUUUAACUUGCCCACUGAAAAUCAUCCAAUCAGUAUUUUAAUCUUUGACAAAUCCAACUGCAUGUGCAGUUGUAAAUAAUGCAUUGUUUGUCCUCUGUACAGCCAGGCCUGAUUGUCCUAUCACAUAGUUUUCUUUAGUUAUAAGGUUUGGAUGCUAUAAGCAGUGUAUAGAUCAGAAUGUUGAAGAUUUGCGGGAUUAUCACAUGGUGCUUGAAAUCCUCGGGAUUGGUCAUUUGAUAAAUGUGGUUGAGGUUUAUGACAGGCAGAUGUCCUUGUCCUUGUUUUUCUGAACUAGUUUGCCACAAACAACAGAGAUGGCAAGCUAUGGGCAGGUUUGUGUACUUGCUCUGCCAGUGAUUAUUUUUUGUGCAAAAGAAGAGAAAGAUUGAAGAGAAUCCGAAGACAUAAAAAACAAAUUGCAUAACUGCAGCCUUUCUGACAGACUGUGCUACUGAUAUGCACUUUAACAAACAAACAAACUAUCACACUCUGUAGCAGCCAAGGGUCUAAAUACGAUAUCUGAAAUUAAAAGAAAACAUAUUGAUAGUAGAUGACCCAGCUAUGAUCAUCAGUAUAUAAUUCCAAAGUUAAUACUGCUAUCUUUGGACAUUGUUCCCAAAAAUUUGCUACUGUAAUUUUUGUACAAUGCUGAACAUUCGGCUUUUGUAUGAACCUCAGGAAAAGUACCUGGGAACUGGGUGAAGAGAAGAAGGCGUGAUAUCCAAUAUCUAGGAUUUGAAGUCCCCUGUGAUAUGGUGCCAUUUCAUAUUUGUAUUUUUUUUUUUGGGGGGGGGGGGGUAUAUGUAAAAAAGACAGUAUGAGCAGCUACUGGUAUUUCUUUUUUCUCUUGACUUUAUAUGUAGAAAAGACAGUAUGAGCAGCUACUGGUAUUUCUUUUAUGAAUUACUUUUGGUCAUUAUUUUGAUUGUUUUUACGUUUUUAUUCUUAUUUGAAUUACAUUUAUGACUAUCUUUGAGAUCCUUUUUGCUCUCUUUGAUUAGUGCUGUAGGCCUCUGUAGGCCAGUUAUAUUACACCAAUAUGCUUGUGCUAAUCUGGUCACAAGGCCCAAAGCAAGAGCCCAUUAUUGUGGGUACUUAAUAAGAUUAGGCUAAAGAUUCUUCUAGGUAGGUUCUGUAUUCAUAGCUCAUGGCAGUUAAGUUUGGUUGUGCACAGUAUAAAUUUAGGUGUGCUUAGAAACACUACUGAAUACUUGGAAAUGGUGUAAAUAAUGCUUGGAAAUUGUAUACAUUUUGGUCUGACAUUUCAAAGCUGUGAUUAUCCUUCUCAAAAAAUAUAAAUGAUUUUUGCGCAUACUUUGCACAUUGGGUUUUCUGCAGAGGUGUAGGACGUGCAGUGUAUGUUAUAGGGGUAAGUUAAUAAGUACAGUAAUGAUUGGCCACUUGCCUUAGAAAUUGUAUGGGGGUGUUGUUUAUUAUAGAAAAUAAUUGCAGAAAAGUCCAGUAUUAAUAAAGGAUUUGUGAUAAGAAUGAUGAUCUUAGGGGUAUAUUGGAAAUAGAAAAAAUAUUGUAAUUAUUCUUCUUUUUCUGGUAGUGAACAUUCCAGCAGGUCUUAUCCUAGGGAAAGAAAAGAGGAGUGGAAAGGAUGGUACCCUCUCUUGUUGAGUGAGGUAUUCAGUAGCACUUCACUGAGAGAGUAUUUAAUGUGCAAGAUGCUGUUAGUCUUUUUUCUGUCCUGUGCGAUGGUCUUCCCUUACGAAGGUAUUGGUAUUUUUGCUUGUUUUCUUAGUCAGGUUAAACCUUAUGAACUUAGGGAAUAUAUUCCUUUUGGCUAUUGUGAGGGCUUAGAAAUUACAUGACUUAGAUUCAAUGACAUUGCUUACCCAUUACAC